GGAUAGCUGCUGGACAUUGGUCGACGUGGGAGAAGAGCCUGGGUGGUUCACACGGUGAUCACAGACUGCUCGUUGGAAGGCAGCAGGAGACUGGCGUGCUGAGGACGUGCGUGCAGCUAUGCUAGUUGCCAGUGUGCUCGCGUUUGCCCUGGCGGUCCACGGACUGCCCGCGCCUGCGCAGAACAAGCACAAGUGUGGCUACCAGUCGUGCCCGGAGACGAAGCCAGGCUUCCUGAACGUGCACCUGGUGCCUCACUCGCACGAUGACGUCGGCUGGCUCAAGACGGUGGACCAGUACUACUACGGCAAAUUCAACGAUAUUCAAAUAGCUGGCGUCCAGUACAUCAUCGAUUCAGUGGUUUUUGAGCUGAUGAGGGAUCCUUCAAAACGUUUCAUCCAAGUGGAAACAGCAUAUUUCUGGAAGUGGUGGCAGGAGCAGGACGAUGCCAUGAAGGACAUUUACAGGAGCCUCAUCAACAGUGGACAGAUAGAGAUGAUAGGAGGCGGCUGGAGCAUGAACGACGAGGCCACGACUCACUAUCAGUCGACCAUAGACAACUUCUCUUGGGGGCUUAGGCGCUUGAACGACACCUUCGGCGAGUGCGGGCGGCCGAGGGUCGGCUGGCAGAUCGACCCGUUCGGCCACUCGAGGGAGACGGCGUCCAUCAUGGCCCGCAUGGGCUUCGACGGCCUCUUCUUCGGCCGGCUGGACUACCAGGACAAGAACACUCGGCUGCAGAACAGAAGCAUGGAGCUUAUGUGGAGGGCCAGCGCUGAUCUAGGAUCUGAUGCCGAUUUGUUCACCGGAGCACUGUUUCAUCACUACACCUCCCCUGACGGCUUCUGCUUCGACUCAACCUGCACGGAUGACCCAAUAAUCGAUGACGUCAAUAGCCCAGAGUACAACGUACCAGAUCAGCUGGCGCAAUUUAUUUCGCAAGUCCAAGAACAAGCUGAUAGUUACAAAACUAACAAUGUGAUGCUGACCAUGGGUGGCGACUUCAACUACCAGGAAGCACAACAAAACUACAAGAACAUGGAUAAACUAAUCAGGCUGGUGAACGCGAUGCAGAAGAACGGCAGCAACCUUCACCUGAUGUACUCGACGCCCUCUUGCUACCUGAAGGCUGUGCACGAUGCCAACCUCACGCUGAGCGUCAAGUCUGACGACUUCUUUCCUUACGCCAGCGACGAGCACUCCUACUGGACGGGCUACUUCACGUCCAGGCCCACGCAUAAGCGCUUCGAGCGGCUUGCCAACAACUUCCUGCAGGUGUGCAAGCAGCUGUCUGUGACGGGGAAUGUGACGGGCGAGAAAGAGAGGGAGUAUCUGGACGCGGCGAGGGAGGCGCAGGGAGUGCUGCAGCACCACGACGCCAUCACCGGCACAGCCAAGCAGGCUGUGGCCGACGACUAUGCCAGGAUUCUCACGGAGGCUAUCCACGGCUGCCAAAAUGUCACCAAAACUGCCAUCCACAACCUGCUGGAGGCGGCGGGCUGGAGCGGCCCUCGGCUGGAGCUGGAGUCGUGUCUGCUGCUCAACAUCAGCCAGUGCGAGGCCAGCGAGGGCCGGGCCGGCUUCCUGGUCACCGUCUACAACCCGCUGGGCCGCCCCGUGUCGCCCUACGUGCGGCUCCCCGUCUCCGGCCGCAACUACACCGUCACCGACGUCAACGGCAUGGAGGUGAGCUGGCAGCUGGUGCCCGUGCCACAGUCGGUGCGAGACUUGUGGUACAGGAAGAGCAAAGCCUCCAGUGAGCUGGUGUUCCGGGCGGAGCAACUGCCUCCUCUCGGCUUCAGCUCGUUCAUAGUGACGCCCUCCGGCCGGCAAUCCGACACCGCCCGCGUCUACCGGACACACAUCGGCAACGAGCGGGUGCGCGUGGACCUGGACGCCUCGGGCCGCCCCAGCAACGUGGCGCGCGGAAGCGCGAGGCUGCCCCUGAGACAGGACCUGCUGUACUACGCGGCGGCCGACGGCGAGGACCUGGCGUCCGGCCAGGUGUCGGGGGCGUACGUCUUCAGGCCCAACGCGUCGCGCGCCUACAGCGUCGCCGCGGUCGUCAACACCACCGUCUACGCAGGUCCACUAGUGGAGGAGAUUCACCAAGUGUUCUCUGAGUGGGUCAGUCAGGUGAUUCGUGUCUACAAAGACGAAGAUUUCGUAGAGUUUGAAUGGCAAGUUGGACCAAUACCUGACGACUCGGGGAAGGAGGUAAUCUCCCGCUUCUCGACGAGCCUGGCCUCCCAGGGAGAGUUCCGCACCGACUCGAACGGCAGGGAGUCGCUGCUGCGCCGGAGGAACCACCGGCCCACGUGGAGCGUGCAGCUGGAGGAGCCGGUGUCGGGCAACUACUACCCGGUCACCUCCGUGAUCGCGCUGCAGGACGAGGGCGCGGGACUGCGCCUGGCUGUGCUCACCGACCGGGCGCAGGGCGGCAGCAGCUUGCGCGACGGCCAGCUGGAGCUCAUGGUCCACCGUCGAUUGUUCCACGACGACGGCUUCGGUGUGGGCGAGGAGUUGAACGAGAUGGAUUUCGACCAACCCUUGGUGGCGCGCGGCAAGCACUACUUGUUGCUGGGCGACACGGCCUCGGCCAUCUCCAGGGAGAGACUGCUGGCACAGGAGACACUGCUGGCGCCCUGGCUCUUCUUCAGCAGCAGCCGCGCCGCCGGCCAGUGGGAGAAGCAGAUGUCAGGCCUGAAGCUAGCGCUGCCUCGCAACGUCCACGUGUUGACCUUGGAGCCGUGGAAGGACGGCACUGUUCUCCUCCGACUGGAGCACAUCUUCCAGCAGUCCGAGGACAGCUCCCUCUCGCAGGCAGUCACCGUCAACCUGCAGGAAUUUUUCUCGACCAUGACGGUGGUGUCUGCGCGAGAGACGACUCUGGACGGCAACCAGUGGUUGUCGGCCACUCGGAGGAUGCAGUGGCGCACUGAUCCUCCCGCCGCCAGGCAGGAGGAGGCGACCUCGAGCCCCGGGGACUCUCUGGAAGUCUCCCUGCGACCCAUGCAGAUCAGGACCUUCGUGCUGGAGGUCAAGUGAAGAGCAUCUUUGGAAGUUCCUCGUGUGUUUGAAGAUCACGUUAGAUUAAAACUCCCGUUUUAAACUUUUCGACCCAUUGGUUAUGUUAUAGUAUAUAUUAUAUAAAAAAGUAAUAAAUAUAUUGGUCUGGA